GGCACCAGGGGGCGCGGCAAUGCCGGUGGAAAGGGCAGUUCGGAGAUCAAGAAGCAAAGGUGAAGGAGGAUACAGAAAUAUAGUGGAGAGGAAACAGGAAGCGGAGCAAGUUUACACAAAUAGACGGCAGGGAGAAUAAACAUUUCCUCCUUUCUCUCACAUUGGGACGGACUGCGUGACGGUCGGGUCGCUGUUUCCAAGGUGGUAGCGGCGGUGGGAGAGGAAAAUGUCUCUGUUCGGAAAGAAGAAGACGGCGGAAGAUAUAAUAAAAGAACAGAACAAAGAGUUGAGGGGAACUCAACGUUCUAUAGCCAGAGAUAGAGCGGGCUUAGAGAAACAAGAAAAACAGCUGGAAAUGGAAAUUAAGAAAAUGGCCAAGACUGGCAACAAAGACGUUUGCAAGGUUCUUGCAAAACAACUGGUGCAGUUGCGGAAACAGAAGACCCGUACAUAUGCUGUGAGUUCAAAGGUCACUUCUAUGUCCACCCAGGCUAAAUUAAUGAAUUCUCAGAUGAAGAUGGCUGGUGCCAUGGCCACCACAACAAAGACCAUGCAAACUGUGAACAAGAAAAUGGACCCACAGAAGACCUUACAAACUAUGAAGAAUUUCCAGAAAGAAAACAUGAAAAUGGAAAUGACAGAAGAAAUGAUGAGUGAUACAUUAGACGACAUUUUUGAUGAGUCUGGAGAUGAAGAGGAAAGCCAAGAUAUUGUGAACCAGGUGUUGGAUGAAAUAGGAAUUGAGAUUUCUGGAAAGAUGGCUAAUGCUCCAUCAGCAGCGAAAGGUCUACCCACAGCAUCCACAUCUAAAUCUCAAAUCUCGGAUGAAGAAAUUGAACGGCAGCUGAAAGCUUUGGGAGUGGACUAGUUGAUCUGGCUGUUAUUGGGGGAGGAGGAAAUCCUUGAUCAUAUGUGAAUAAUGCCUUUUACCUUGACUACAUGGAUCUACCUGAAAGGCACCAUUAGAUAAAUAAUGGAAGCAUCGUGGAUAUUCUUCUGUAACUUUGACAAAAAUGCUUAUUUACAAGGCCAGAAUUUAAAGCCACACUCUGCCAAAUACCAUAACCUAUUGCUGCUUUAAAACUAAUGUCUUGAUUUUUGAAGUGGAAAUUAAGUGUGUAUGGUUAGUAAUGUCUUUUAAUGAUUGACAGAUGUAUAUCAAGCACGUUACAUGCGUUUGAUUUGUUUGGUUCUACUUGUAUAACAAACCAUUUGUUAUGGUAUCCGACUAAAAUGAAGAUGGUGUUUGCCAAUUUGAAUAUUUGAGUAACAGUUUAUUACAAGCUACAUUAAGAUCUAAUUUAUGAAAGUUGCUGUUUUUGGGUUGAUGUGCUGUAGUAGCAUACGCACAAUGCAAAAAUCAGCAUUGUCACUCAGUUUGGAUUUUGAUUUUCUUUUUGUGUGGUUUGAAAACUAGUAGCACAAAACUCUCUUUUGUGGGCAGUCUCUAACUCUGAUUUCUGGGGCUUCAUGCUGAAUGUAGAAUAACAAAGCUUCAGUAAACCCACAUUACAAAAAUGUAAUGGAACACAGAACAUGUCCUUGCCACUUUAUGAACAAGGCUGAUUUCAUUAAUCAGGAAAUACAGUGUUGUGUGGUCUUCCUAGCAUUUAAUGUUAUCUCUACACGUUUUUGCAUCUAUAGAUGCACAUAGCCUCAGCUGGCAGAGUAAUUUAGCUUUAUUGGUUGAAUCUUACAUUCUACAGCUGGGAGACUAAGCCUGGUAUCUAUGGUAUAACAGCAACCUAUAUAAUUACCUGAAGCUCGUUGCAAGACCUUCAAAUUAACACUUCACAACAUCCAUGCAGUUAAUGGAUGUAAAUAAUUCGCUAUAGUAUAAUAGUAAAGAAAGACUUAAAUUUGUAUAAACCAUUACUCGGCAAUAAAUACUGUGGAUGUGGGGAAAUCCUGAAAUAGAUACAAAGUACUGCAAAUAUUCGGCAGGUCUGACAGAUCAUGAGGAGGUGAUGGUUUCAUGACAAUGUCACUGAACAAGCAAUCCAAAAUGCCAGGUUAUUUUUCUGGUGACAAAGUUUCAAAUCCUACCAUGGCAUAUGGUGAAAUUUGAAUUUUUAAAAUAAAAGCUAAGCUAAUGACAACCCCAUAGCCACCGCCCAUUUUUUUUUUUUUCUGAAAAAUAGCUGGUUUACUGAUUUUUAGGGAAAGAAAUCUGUCAGCCUUACCUGGUUUGACCUACAUGUGAUUCCAGAUCUACAGCAACAUGGUUGAAACUUAACUGUCUCUGAGUAAUAAAUGCAACACCAACAUCCCAUGAAUGAAUUAAACAAAAACUAUGAUGGA